AUGCUCAAAUGUACAGUAACACCGUAUAAACCGUCUGGCAAAGCUCUUGCGUCAUCAUUUUCUUGUUUGGAUCAAAUUUUAAAAGGUGAAUCAUCUGAUGAAAAAAUUCUGGAAAAAAGCGAAGAAUUCAGCGAGGAAAACCACCUGACGCGGGAAAAAGAAAAUGGCCGUCUGGAAGAACUCUUCUGGUCCGGAAACGCCUGUGUUUUAUCCCGAAAGCGGUGCUUUGGAGAGUGGGAAAGAGUCGAAACCUUCACGCGAAAGACGAAAAUACUCAAGGCUCUUUGGGCGAAUUUUGAAACUAAAGGAAUCAACGAGGAGUGGAUCGUUUUGGUGGAAGAAUCGGCUUGUACCUUUAUCGCGCCUCAAACGGCUAUUGUGCCGGUUCAGGAAAAAACUUUUCCGUUCACCAUUCAAAACGUUUUCGAGUUUCAACCAAAUACUGGGCUGCUCAUUACAGUCAAGAAAAGCCGCAGCCCUUCAUCUGACCGUCUUUCUUCAGUCUACUUUCUCAAGCACCCAGCUGACGAAAUCACACCGAUCUGGAGCCAUGACUUGUCGCCAAUUCGAAAAGCUCAGCGUAUCAUCUGGACCGGCUGCGACAAGACUAAACAAAAACUGGUCUGUUUCCAGACCGGGACCGCCCAUCGACUGGCGACCCUAGAUCGACUGACAGACGAAGAAAAGCUGAUCGCAGAACAGAUCGUCGAAAACAACGCUCUGCCUGGCUUUUACUUCGACGGAACAAUCAACAACACGACAAAUCAAAAUCAAAACACGAAAACUUCAAAACUAGUCACUCCAAAAGGCCCUCGGCGAGCAGGUCUUCACAGGCAGCAAAAAUUAUUCGGAACUCCAAAGGAUAUUCCCUCACCGAUGCAUUCCAGGAGAUCUUCACUCGACCGGCCUCUUAGUAGAAGACAGUCUACGCUUACUACUCAUCGUCUUUUGCCGCGCCAGAACUUGAGUCUUUCUUAUUCCCGAUUCAUGGAAGAAACAGUCACUUCCAAUCCUGACGCAGCUCUGUGCCUCGUUCGCCCUCGUCUUCUAGCCCGACCUGCUUACGAAGAAGUCUCCUUUCUAUCCCCGCCCGUGUCUGAAAUUUUCAUCUCUCGAGAUCUCUUCAACAACGAAUUCUUCGUAUUCCCUUCACAAAACGCUACAGAACUCCUAAACCUAUUCACAGGAGAGAGGUUCAGAAUAGAAGGCCUUGCUUCCGUCGCCAAAAUUGACAAGUACAUCGCCCGGCUUGGCACAAAAGGAGUCGUCGAAAUGUUCAGCGGACCGCUUCUCACCAUGUCGAUAAAUAUUCCAGAUUUGGCGGUGCGGGAAAAUGUGUUUUCAACAACAGUAGCGAUGGAUACUCCAGAUGUGAAGCAACAACCAAGCACGAUGACAGAAAGUACACCAUACUUUUCGAGAAAAGAAGCGCUGAAGAUCUACUCCGACUGGCUUAUUUACCGUUCUUCGUUUUCAGAUAACCGGGCUUAUACUCACUUUUUGGACUUUAUACAGGAGUUAUUAGCGGAAGACUCAGCGUCUGACAUGCCAGUUGAUAAGAAACAAACGAGACAAGCAGAAGAAAUACUGAAAGUAGCGAACAAUGCGCUAAAAUUUUGGCCUCGAUCUUUCGUCGAAAGUGUUCUACCGAUAGAUAACGACGAGUUCAAGCCUGAGGUGAAGCCGUCUGGGAAGCAUAAAGAGUUCUAUCGAGUGCUUUUCUUGGUCCAGGAAGAAAUGAGCAUAUUGGGUUUCGAGGGAAAACGAGUGAAACGAUUGAGAAAGUUGUUGGAGAAACUCGCUUAUUCAGAAGACUUCCGGGAGCAUUUCAGCGCUGAGAGAAAAGAUCGAUUAAAAAGACAGAUUCCAUCGAAGAUUCCGAAUGUUCAAGACUGUCUUCUAGCUCUCAUGCGCAAGGAGAGUAAAAUUAUGGCUCUACCCGUCGACAUCAAUUCUCCACUGUUUCUCCUGGUUUGUCUUUACGGUGCAGCGUUCAUGGGUUACGAUCCUCGCCAAACACGGAACAACUUGUUAACCGACUAUCGAGAUUUCAUUACGCUUGGAAACGCAACCGAGAUACCAGUAGUUGCUUCUCAAUAUGGAGACAGCAAAAGUGUCAAGCUGAGAUUUCUCGCUGAUGUUUGCAGCAUCUGCAGUCCAGCAGAUUGGGACUCUUUUUCGCCAGCCAUCAAACUUCCAAUCAACAUCCUUCUUGAUGAAAUCCGCGAUCCAGAAAUGACAUGGAAUUACAGUAGCCGGCGAUUGCUGAAUCUCAAAUACAUACUCGGCUUUGUUGAAGAAGAAAACGAUCUUGAGCCUCUGUCUAUCGAUGGUGAUCCUUCUUAUCCUAAGGAAACUGUGGUUGUUCAAACCUGGGACGGAAUGGACUGUCUCAAGCCCACAAAUGACUGGAUGAUCAAAUUGUUUCCGGAAGAUCUUCGAACAAGUGUCGCCGCUAGUCUUUUAAACUCAUCGCUCCCUGUUCUUGGCAAAAACGUCAUUGAUCAAGCCAAUGCAGAAAAUAUGAUGGCAAACGCGGAGCCUCGACUCCGCCAGGUCUCCCGUCGAACUGUAGCUCGUACUGUUGGCAGAGGAUUAGCCACACUUGCUACUCAUCGUCAGAUGUCCCUGCAAAGCAUUCGCUAUCCGAAAAUCGACCUGUCGAUGCGACUCACUGCUGGUUUCUCCGAUCCGAAUCUUCUAGCCAACAUGCCGACAACGCCAGAUGGCGGUACUUUAUGGGACAUUUAUCCUCAGUUCAACAAUGCAGUGGCAACCACGCUUUCUCUAGCAGAUAAUUUGCCUUUGGAAGGCGAGGUACUGACGAUUCCAAAAGGGGAAGAAGACGAAGUUCCGUCAUGCCGAGAUCUUGCUACACUUUCCGGCGCGAUCUUGGGUCUUGGUCUUCGUGGGUACUUGAACAAUGAGCCAAAUCUCAUGUAUCUUUCCUACAUGUCUGGUCCCUUCAGCCACAUGAUCUUCAUGGCUUCCGCUGUCUUUAUCGGCUAUUGCUGCAAUCCGAAAAUGCAGGGAACACAGGAUCUGGCUCUCACGAGACUUCUCUCCCUCCAUCUUCCGUUUUUGAUGCCCGAAGCCCAAGAAGAAGACAAUCGAGCGACAAUUUCCGUGAUGAUCCAGUAUUCCGCUAUUAUCUCACUCGGCUUUCUCCACAAAAAAUCUUUGAAUCAACGGUUCGCCAAGCUCCUUCUCGAGCAGAUCGACAGCUCAAUGCCAAAUGAUAAGGAUCAUCCAAAGCAUUGCUACCGAGAAGCUUACGCCACAAUGUCUGGCUGCGCUCUUGGAUUGAUUUUGCAAGGAAGUGGACCAGAGUUUGAUGAAAUCGCUCAAGAAUUAAGACCUUUGAGCGGCUGCGGUCCUGAAGUGAUCGGAGAGGAAAAAGUCACCAGAACCAGCAUCGAGGGUUGCAAAAACAACACUUGGGUAACAGCGGCGGGAGGUAUUUCUGCACUUGCUCUUGCGUUCCUUGGAACCGGAAAUGAGGUUGUAACUGAUUGGCUGACUGUACCGAACUCGGAUCUGGCUCUUUCAAAGCUUAGACCGGUCAAUAUUGUUCUCAUGUCUACCGCCAUCGGAAUGAUCAAUCUCGACACGAUCGAGCCGUCGGAAAAUUGGAUUGAGAGCUUGAAACCGGCGAUUGUAAAAGAACAUGGUUUCAAUGAGAAAACCUUUGAAAUAUUUACAGAUGCGGAGAAGACAAAAUAUCGACCCAAGCAACCGUAUUUCAGCAAGAUCAAUGUUGAUUUCCCUCAUCGAGCUGCAUGCGAUGUUGCAAUCACCAGUGGCGCUAUUUUCGCUUUGGGCCUGAAAUUCAUGGGCACGCAGAAUCAAAAAGCCGCGGAAAUUAUGAAAAAGACCGCUGAAAAGUGGCUGAAACUUUCAGUCAUGUGCCAUCCGGAUCUUAUGAGCUCUGCAUUCAUCCACCACUGUAUUGGUACUGUUGUCCUUUCUUGGUCGAUGGUGAGAGCAGGGAGUGGGGAUGUGGAUUGCUUGAGAAUGUGCCGCCAACUCAGUAAGAUUCUUCCAGAAGAAGUCAACUUCGGGUUGCAUCUCGCGACCUGUCAAGCAAUCGGAUUCCUCUUCCUUGGCGGCUGCAAAAUGUCUCUCAAGCGAGACCACGAUUCGAUCGCCACAAUGUUCGUUGCCCUCAUGCCCAAGUAUCCCGCCUCCGUCCGCGACAACUCCCAGUACGUUUGGAUCCUCCGUCAUCUAGCCGCCCUCUGCGUUGAAUUCCGCGCUUGCAUCCCCCAAAUGAGCGAUGGUUACAUUUGUCGCGACUCAACUGCCACCGUACUUUAUAAAAACGGCGAGAAAGAGGUUGUAAAAAUGCCUGGAGUUCUACCACCACUCGAGAAUGUAGAAAAAGUGACGAUCAGAGGAAGUGUUGGAAGUUACCAAUGCUUUCCGCUUGUACUUCGACCAGAGCAGCUUCGAGAAGUGUUUGUUAAUGAUGGAAAGGUGCUGAUGAAACGAGAAUGCGAGGCGGCUCUGAUUAAAGAUCUCAAAGAUGAGGCUAACCCGGAAGCUAGAAAAGAAAAUAUCCUCGAAGAAGAGAAAAAGUGCGAUUGGUGGUUUUCAAUGGAUCACAUCAAGAAGCCAGUGAAGGAUAGUCGAGUGAAGCUACCGAAGGAAUUUGGCGACGUCUGGAAAGAAAAUCAAGGCUCCAAAGAAAGCGCCGAAGAAGAUAAGAAGGGCAAGAAAAUCCUGAAAGCCAAGCGACGAAACUUCGCGUCGUUUCUCGAAUCAGUUCCUGAGCCAGCGAUGCUUCAAUCCGAUCUGAGCAAGGAGCUGGAAUCCAUCAUCAGGCUUGAAAACAAAUCGCCGAAUGACAACGCUUAUUUGGAACUGUACACGGCGCUUGCUUAUCAACCAAAAGUUCUUUACAUGGACUUGCUCGAGCAUGUCAUCGACAAUAUGGAAGCCAAAAAUCUUCGAAAAGGCAUGCUUGAGUCGCUUCUCAAGAGAACAGAACCGAGCGAACAGCAACCCACUGCCAGAGAAGCCCAAAUUCGUCAACUCGCUGCUAUGUUUUCCGCAGAUAUGAAGCUUCCAGUCGAACCUUCGACGAAAGCAGUCCCGACGAUUCCUGACAAGUUCUUCAACAGCUGGGAAAGCUUCAAAGAUCGCGGACUUUACUAA